AGGGGGGUUGUAUCCUGCGAUUCUUCUCUAUCUAAGUCAUUCCUACAGCCGGGAUCAGCUUCAAAUGAGGAUCGCGAUUUUCUACUCCUCAGCGUCGUUAUCAGGCAGUUUCUCCGGUCUUCUGGCCUAUGCCAUCCUCCACUUGCAUGAGACUUGGGGCAAACCUGCUUGGGCCUGGUUGUUUUUUAUUGAGGGCGCAGCAACCAUGUUAUUCGCGACGAUGGCCGCAUUCAUCUUUCCCGCUUCAAUCAACACCAAUCGACUAUUGAAUGACAAAGAAAAACAGAUUCUUACAGCUCGCUUGGCCCGGAAGGCGCCCUCUACCCUGGACCCGAACGAAAAGUUCAAAUUCUCUGAAGUCCUGGAAGCCAUCAAAAGUCCCCAUGUGAUCAUCCUGACAAUCACACAGUUCAUGAGUGGAACGGCCGCGUACAGUGUAACUUACUUCACCCCGACCAUCGUCCACUCUCUUGGGUAUUCGCCUUCUCGAACUCAACUGAUGACAUCCCCGCCCUUCGCUGUGGCGUUUGUUGUCAUGUUGGCUGGGGGUUAUUUUUCGGAUCGCUGCCAUGCCCGGGCGUUGACGGCUGGAGUAAGCGCUGCUGUUGCGUUUGUUGGCUUCAUGCUUUUUCUGCUGCUGGAUCCCUCCCAGACGCAUGCGAAGUACGGCUCGCUCUUCCUCGCGAUUCCAGGCGUUUUCUCGCUGAUACCCCCGAUUGGUGCAUGGGCGGCCAACAACUCUGAUGGCCAUUAUCGAAGAGCAACUGCGAUCGCCUUUUCGUACUCGACGUCCACUGUUGGAGGUAUACUCAGUACUUGGCUUUUCCCUCAUUCCCAAGCCCCGAGAUAUCGCCCUGGUAUCAUCGUCAAUCUCGUUUGCUGUGCCGGGAAUUCUGCUCGGAGUAACGGUCAACUACGCAUGGCUCCGGUAUGCCAACCAUUACAAGAGCACCCAUCGGAGUCGGAUCCUGGAGCCUUACGAUCCUGAUGGCCAUGGCUUGGACCCCAAUUCACCCGAACAUCUGCGCGCUUGGACUGAAUUGGGCGUAAAACAUCCCGACUUUAAGUAUGUCUACUGACCAGUUCUCAUCAUAAACAAACAAACAAAAAUCCGCAAUAGUUCUUGCAUUUUC